UUUUAUUGCCCGCCAUCGUCCGUCCCGGUAUCGUGCAUACUGCAUUCCCGCAUUCAUUGCAUAGUCCAGGGACGCAGACCUUUGUGUGCACAAUUCAAUGAGUUGUGUCUCAAUCUCUUCUGUGUCGUUGUUCACUAGUCUAGGUGCGCGUGCGUUAGUCAAGACAGAUAUUAUUAGAGAAUAUUAACAGUCACGAUGACGGAUGCUGAUUUGAGUGACAUUUCUUCUACAAGCGAUGUAAAUUAUUCGGACAUCGACUUCGAUACACCAAACACAACAGACAUGAAGUUAAGUGACGUCAGUGACUACCCAUAUAAUGACGAUUCUGUUAGGAACAUUUUAUUUGAAAGAAAAAAAAAACUAGCCCUGAGAUCAUCAGAUUCAUCGUCAUUGCUUUCAGAAAAUGAAUUUGACGCGGUGUCGUUAUCUUCAUAUGUAACGAGCUAUGGAAAUACCAGCCAAUAUGAUACUAAAUGUGCUGUUAUAUUGUGUAAUGCAAAUGCAAGAAAUCAGUUUGAUAGAUUAUUUUUCAUCAACUUUCCAAAGGAUAACAAAAAUCUUUGUGAAAUUUGGUGGAGAUUAUGUGGACACUACGGUUUGUUUAAUCCUUUGUCAAAGAUAUGCUCUAUUCAUUUUAAGGCAGACGAUUUUACUUCUAAUAUGGUUAGAAGAGAUGGAAAACUCUAUAAACAAACUAUAUUGAAAAACAAUUAUAUUGUACCAACUCUUUAUUUACAACCGUUUGAGUAUGCCAAGUUUACUAGGAAACGGAAAAAACGUGUUAAUGAUGUUUGCAAGCACAAGAAAUUAACAUCAAUUUAUGUAUGUGUAAUUCAAGGCUGUAAGAAAACAUCUUUAAAAUAUGGGAAAACUACAUUAUUCUUUAAAUUUCCACUCGAAAACAAAUUUAUGCUUAAAAAAUGGUUAAAUAUUAUAGGAUUACCUUUUUGGAAACCAUUAAAAACUAAUCGAAUAUGCUCUGAUCAUUUUGAAAGUUAUUACAUUAUGAAGAUUAAUAAUGUUUAUCAACUUAAUAAGUAUGCAGUUCCAUCAAUGAAACCAAAAAACUUGUUUGUCUUGAACCACGCAGAUUACAAUAGCAGAGAGUUCGAAACAUCUAUUAAUGAUCAUAAUAAUCCAUCUGAUUUUAGUAGACUAGAAUUUAAUACAGUAGAUAAAAAUACUUUGGUAGUUAAAGAAAAAAAAAGAAAAAAUGAUAAUAAUGAAAAAACUAUUUUGCUAACAUUGUUAGAAAAUAAGAUAGAUGAAGAACUAAAAAAAUAUGAUAAAAUACUUGAAGCAACAAAACUUUCAAAUUUACCGGUAUUACAAGACAGUGUUAAAGAAAUACAAUUAUUAAAUUCCUCAACAAAGUGUAGUAGUUUAAAUGUUGAGGAGAUUUUGGAUGAUGUUAAUGAAAUGAAAGAAUUUCAAUCUAAAGAGAAGACUAAUUUAAGUUUAACUAAACAAUAUUUAGAAUCAUUUGAAAAAGAAAUUGCAAAAGAAAGAGAGAACGUGAAUGGAAAUAUAAAUAAUAAUGAUAUGAAUUUAGAAUAUGUUUAUAUGGAUAUAUUAAAUGAUGUGAAUAUGAAUGCAAGUAUGAUGGAAGUUCAACCUACACGUGAUACAAACAAUAGUUUAAAAGAUGAAAAUAAUGCUACUGAAUUAGAAUUUGAAACAAAUAAAAAUAGUUUGAAAAAUAUGUCUGUAGAAUCAAUAAAGACAAAUAUAUUAUUUGAAGAAAAAGAGGUGAUAAAUAAAAUUUCAAAUAGUAAUGAUAUUGAUUUGGAAUAUGUUUAUUUGGGUAUGUUAAAUGAUGAAAAUAUGAUAGGAAUACAACCUAUAUAUGAUACUAAUAUUAGUGUAAAAGAGGAAUCUAAUGCAACUGAAAUAGGAUUUGAAACAAAUAAUUCAAAAGACAUAAUUUCAAAAUCCACAAAGCUUAAAAUUGUUGAAGAAACUCCUGAAUCUAUCAUUUAUGAUCAAGCCUUAACAGAAUGUUAUGGUGAAAUGCUUCCACCUUAUUGCGACCCAAAGUGUCAACUAAAAUGUUAUUAUUCUGUACCUGGUCCUCAACGAAAAGAAAUGUUUAAUCAAUUCCAUAAAUUGCAAAAUGUGACUGAACAAAACUGUAAAAUUGCUCAAUUAGUACAAAUUGUUAUGGUUGAAAAUCUAGAAAGUAAUUUUGAGAGGAGUGUGACAUGUCAUUUAACUAUGAAUAAAGAAUCUGUUAAGGUCUGCCGAGUAUUUUUUAUUAAUACAUUGGGUAUUUCUGAACACCGUCUCGAUGCCAUUUUGAAACCAGUCAAUUACAGUUGGUAUUCUAAUAGAGAUACUGCGUUGAAUGCUAAUCAUCCAAAACAAUCAAAAGUAAUAAGCGAGCAAAUUUUGAUCACAAAUUUCAUGAAAGAAUCUUUAAAACUGUUAGACAAGGAUUACAAUCUAUAUGUCCCUGAGAGUGAUACCGAAAUUAAUCUGGAAAAUGUACCAUCUGAAGAACAAGAAAAAGUGUUAAUGUACAUAAAAAGUAUUCCUAGAAUUUUAUGUGUGCCCAAAAUCCCUGGAGACUUUAAGAAACAAUUAUUUGAAACCAGUAUCUGUAUGGGAUAUAUGUAUAAAACCUAUUCUGAAAACUAUAUUAGAAACAAAAUUCCACCGCCAUUUACAAAACGUCAGUUUAAAAAAAUCUACAACAAGUAUAUGAAGUCUCAUUUAAAAAUGGUUUAAAAUCAAAUUAAUUUUAUUACUGUUAUAUUUAUAUUCAAACAGUUUUAAGAAAGGAAUAGCCUAU